UUAAUAGCUCACUUAGAGGUUUCAGUAGACGUAGUACCAAAGCAAUCUUUUCUUCCUCCGUUCCUUUUGCCGCUCCCUCCCUUCGUUUCCUCCUCGUGACACCGAGAGAGACGAGAGAAGCUUUCUUUUCUUCCUCAUUCCACUCCCUCCCUCCAUUUCCUCAUCACAACAACGAGAGAGAAGAGAGAUGUCUUCUAGAAUUCCCCUCUUGAAACUAUCUCAACGUUGCAGGCAAUCCCUUUGCUCCAUGCUCGGUCUCCAACCGCCCUUGUCCGCGCUCCUCCGCCGCUCUCCUCCUCCUCCCCCUCUCCUCUUCCCCUCCACCUCCGAUCGCCUUUGUUGCUCCCCGUUCCGAUCCCUCGCCUCGACCGCCGACGGAGUGAAGGAUGCACGGCGGUCCGAGAGAAUCGGAAACGAUGGAAAUCCCCCGAAUUCUCCUCCUCCGCCGCCUUCCGACUCAGGUCUGGACUACCCGACGGGGGAGUUUGAGAUGGAGGAGUUCGGUUGGUGGAGGAGAUUGGUCGUCAAACUCAGGUUGUUCUUUGCUUUGCCUUGGGUGCGCGUGGAGAAGGGGAGCGUGCUCAAGAUGCAGCUCCGCGGCAAGAUAUCUGAUCAGUUGACAACACGCUUCUCUUCAGGGCUGUCUCUACCACAAAUAUGUGAAAAUUUUAUGAAAGCGGCAUAUGAUCCUCGAAUAUCUGGUAUUUAUCUUCAUAUAGAACCACUUAAUUGUGGAUGGGGCAAACUUGAUGAAAUACGGAGGCAUAUAAUGAAUUUUAAGAAGUCAGGUAAGUUCAUCAUCAGUUAUUUGCCUGAGUGUCGAGAGAAGGAGUACUACCUUGCAUGUGCUUGUGGAGAGUUUUAUGUUCCUCCAAGUGCUUAUGUUGCAUUGUAUGGUUUGACAGUUCAAUCAGCAUUUCUUGGCGGUGUUCUUGAGAAAGCAGGGGUUCAUCCAGAAGUUCACAGGAUUGGUAAAUACAAAAGUUUUGGGGACCAGCUUGCAUGUAAAGGCAUGUCUAAUGAAGUUCGUGAAAUGCUGAGUUCUUUGCUUGAUAAUAUUUAUGAAAAUUGGCUUGAAACAGUAUCUUCAAGUCAAGGAAAGAGAAGGGAAGAAAUUGAGGACUUUCUUAACUCAGGAAUUUUCCAAGUUGAAAAGCUUAAAGAAGAAGGUUGGAUAACGAAUAUAAUGUAUGAUGAUGAGGUCAUGUCAAUGCUGAAGGAGAGGUUGGGCCAAAAGAAUAAGAAAAAGCUUCUUAUGGUUGAUUACAGUAAAUACUCAAGAGUAAGAAAAUCAACUCUUGGUUUAGAUGGUGGUAGAGAGCAAAUUGCCAUAAUUAGAGCCUCUGGAAACAUCACCCGUACUCGAGGACCAUUAAGUGUUGCUGGUUCUGGCAUCAUGGCCGAACAGCUGAUAGAGAAGAUCCGCAGUAUCAGAGACUCAGAUAGGUAUAAAGCUGUUAUCUUGAGAAUUGACAGUCCUGGUGGUGAUGCUCUCGCCUCUGAUCUAAUUUGGAGGGAGAUCAAGCUUCUUGCUGCCUCUAAACCUGUGAUUGCAUCAAUGUCUGAUGUUGCAGCAAGUGGAGGAUACUACUUGGCUAUGGCAGCAGGAACUAUCCUAGCUGAGAAGCUCACUUUAACUGGUUCAAUUGGUGUUGUCAGAGGAAGGUUCAGCUUAAACAAGUUAUACGGGACGAUUGAUCUCAACAAGGAGAUUCUGUCACGGGGUCAAUAUGCUGAGCUUAAUGUUGCUGAACAGCGUCCUCUUAGACCACAUGAAUCGGAACUGUUUGCCAAGUCUACACAGUAUGCUUACACACAGUUUCGAGACAAAGCUGCUUUGUCACGAUCGAUGACUGUAGAUCAGAUGGAGGAGGUUGCUCAAGGGAGGGUAUGGACCGGCAAAGAGGCAGCUUCUAAAGGAUUGGUUGAUGCUAUCGGUGGAUUCUCGCGAGCAGUCACCAUUGCAAAAUACAAAGCUAAGAUACCACAUGAUAAACAGGUCAAGUUAGUUGAGGUGUCAAGACCUUCACCAACUUUACCAGAAAGAUUAGGUGGUAUUGGGAAUUCUCUGUUUGGGCUGGACAUGGCUGUGAAGGAAGUAUUGCAGGAUCUAACGUUCUCUGAUGGAGUUCAAGCAAGAAGUGAUGGCAUCUUGCUUGACAUAGCAGGAAAUAUAUCACAAGAUAACCAUGUCCUUCACCUAAUAAAGGACUGUUUAAGCUCAUCAUAGGCUGAGGAUGACCGGAGUCCGGACCUCGAAUAAUGCAAAUGUGUCCGGCAGACAGAUUAUGGUAUGGAUACAUCCCCUCUCUGUCUUUAUCAAUUCCUAAAUUAUGAUUUAUAAUGACAGUGCAUAUUAUGAAUUACAAGCACUACAUUAUGUCA